GGGCCCGUGGUGCUUUGCCCGGCGCCAUCCCCGGAGCCGCCCUUGCCCCCGUUGCCGGCGCCGCGGCGUCACCCGGCGGCGCUCCGGGCCACACAGCUGCGGGAAAGGGCUGGGGCCGGGCGGAGCCAGUGGCCGCGUUUCCCUCGCGACAAGCCGCCUGAGGCUCUGGGAAGAUGCAGUUCUUUGGGCGGCUGCUGGACACCUUCAGCAGCGUCACGCAGAUAUUCUCCAACCCGUACCGCGUGAGGGAGGUGCCGGCCGCCGAGUACGCCGGUCAUGCUUGCCUGCGGGAGGAGGGCAGGGUGGCCCUCUACAAGAACAGCCUCGCUCGCUCCUGGGACUGCCUGCUGGUGAAUCCCCAGAGCCCGCAGGUCGCGUUCCGGCUCUUCCAGCUGGACAACGAAGCAGACGCCCUGGUGUACUUUGAGCAAUAUGCCCGGCAGCUGCGCCCUUUCUACGAGAGCUCGUGCCAGCCCUUGUCCCUGGAGGAGCUCCAGCAGCUCAGCGACUGCCUCCGCAGCUACCCCAGCUGGUCCCCUGCACAUAUUGCUGUGGAGUUUGGCCGCCGGGAGAGCUUCCGGCACAACCACAUCCAGAGCUGCGUGAACAGCACGGACAGCGCGGAUGGCUGCACCCCGCUGCACCUGGCGUGCCGCAAGGGGGACAUGGAGUGCCUGCUGGAGCUGCUGGAGUGCCAUGCGCGGGUGGACAUCACUGACAGGAACGGGGAGACUGUUUUCCACUAUGCUGUGCGAGGGAGCAACCCCCAGAUCAUUGAGCUCCUGGGCAAAACCCCAACUACUGGCUUGGAUCACCUGAGCAAUGAUGGGCUGACAGCUCUGCACCUCGCGUGCCAGCUGGGCAAGGAGGACAUGGUUCGGUCCCUGCUGAAGUGCCGUGCCAGCUGCAGCGUCGUGGGCACGCUGGGCUACCCCAUCCACACAGCACUGAAGUUCUCUCAGAAGGGGUGUGCCCAGGCCAUCCUCGAGGCAGAUGCCAGCCAGGUUUGCUCCAAGGACCCACGCUAUGAAGCCACUCCACUGCACUGGGCGAAGAAGGCAGAGAUGACACGGCUGCUGCUGGAGUACGGCUCCGAGGUGAACGCGAGCAGCCGCACGGCCGACAUGGCUCUGCACAUUGCGGUGCAGAGGGGCCGCCUGGACUGCGCCAUGGUCCUGCUGACACACGGCGCCCACACCAACGCCCGGGGACACGAUGGCAACACCCCGCUGCACCUGGCCAUGAAGCAUGACCACCUGGAUAUGAUCAAAGCAAUCAUCGUGUUUGGAGGAGAUGUUGAAAUCCCCAAUGAUUUCGGGGAGACACCAGGGCUGUUGGCAGCCAGGAGCAGCAAAGGUGCGAACCGGAAAGUGCUCUUAGACCUGCUGCAAACUGUAGGGACCGAACGCUGCCACCCACCACCCAACCCUGACUCCCCAAGCCUGGCACCAUCUGCCGCCUCCUUCCUGGAAGGCCAACCUUCCUCGCGGAGCAACCUCAACAGCUUAGGGUACAAGGACCUUCUGUAUAUUUCCACAACGCUUGGACAGUUUCUGAAGGCACCAGAUGUUGUGGACACGCCCAUUGAGGCUAGAAGAAAUCAGGACCGGCUCCUGUGCUUGGAUGGAGGGGGCAUCCGGGGCCUUGUGCUCAUCCAGCUUCUCCUGGCUAUUGAAAAGGCCGCGGGCCGUCCCAUUCGUGAGAUUUUUGACUGGAUCGCAGGGACCAGCACUGGAGGGAUCUUGGCACUGGCUAUUGUACAUGGAAAGUCCAUGGACUACAUGCGCUGCCUGUACUUCCGCAUGAAGGACAUGGUGUUCCGAGGGUCUCGGCCCUACGAGUCGGAGCCCCUGGAUGAGUUCUUGAAGAAGGAAUUUGGGGAAAACACCAAAAUGACAGAUGUCCGAAAACCCAAGGUUAUGGUGACAGGGACAUUGUGUGACCGACAGCCAGCUGAGCUCCACCUUUUCCGGAAUUAUCCUGUACCAGAGACAAAACGCUCCACUGAAUACAUGACAAGUGCAUCUUUCCAACCACUCACUCGGCCAGAAGAGCAGCUCGUGUGGCGCGCUGCCCGCUGCAGCGGUGCGGCUCCCACUUAUUUCCGGCCCAUCGGCCGCUUCCUGGAUGGAGGGCUGCUGGCCAACAACCCCACCCUUGAUGCCAUGGCAGAGAUCCAUGAGUACAACAAGACACUGAUCAAAAAGGGUCAGAAGCAUGAAGUAAGAAAAUUGGGAUUGGUGGUCUCCCUGGGGACAGGGAAGCCUCCUCAGGUCCCAGUGAGCUCUGUGGAUGUUUUCCGCCCCUCAAACCCUUGGGAGUUGGCAAAGACCGUCUUUGGGGCCAGGGAGCUUGGCAAGAUGGUGGUGGAUUGUUGCACUGACGCAGAUGGCCCAGCUGUGGAUCGUGCCAGGGCCUGGUGUGAGAUGACGGAUGUGCGGUAUUUCCGGCUCAGCCCUCAGCUGCACACGGAGGUGAUGCUGGACGAGGUGAACGACGCCGUGCUGGUGAACGCUCUCUGGGACACCCAGCUCUACAUCUACCAGCAGCGGGAGCAGCUGGAGCAGCUGGUGCGACAUCUCUGCCGAUGACUGACCUGGAGGUGCCCGUUCUGCGUCCCGAAGGCAAGGAGCAGCAGACACUGAAAUGGCUCAGAUCUGCCCAUGAGCCAAGGUGUUGAGGUGGGGGAGAGAUUAGUACUACUCAAGAGGAAUUAAUAUUUAAUAGACAGCAGUGCACAUACACAUGUAUUCCCAGACACAGUAUGUAUGACAUGUUUGAUAGCUGUAAAAUGCUGACAGUUAUCUUUGUGCUGUAACCCCAUCUCCACUGCCCUGCUUGGUUUUGCUGCACUGCUCUCUGACCCAGAAUCCAGAGCCCUCACCUACUUGUCUUGAGCUGUAGCAGCUGGGAUGUCUCUUGUCUGUGCAGUACCUCCACUGACAAAGCACCGUGCACCUUCCCAUGUCACAGAACAGGCCUAGGCCUGAUAAAGCUUCAGGGAUUGCUUGGCCCACUGGGGCCAAGGUAUUUCAGAGUGUAUAGUAUGGGAAAAAGCAAUUAUUUUUCCCUCAACACCCAGUUUGAAGGGGAGCAGAAAUGCUGCAACUUUUUGCAGUAGGUAUGAUGCAGAAUGUUGCUACUGGCCUUGGGAGAAGGGCAAGCCUUUCCUGAGACAGUUGUCUUCUGCAGCAGCUUCUCCUUUCCCCUCUGAGAUGGGCUGGCAACACAGUACUGACUGUGCCUGGGGAGGGAGAGACUCCCCCACCCAGGACUUUAUUGUGCCACUGAUUUGCUGUGCUACACCUUGCUCAGGGGCUGAGAUGUGAAAGCCUGUCUUUACUCACAGCAAGCUCAGUGGAAGGGACAAGAGCCUUGGCUUCAUAGAGAGCUCAUUUCUCUUUAUUCUAAAAUUAUUUAAAAUGAAACUGAAAUGCUCUGAGAUCGGUUCCCGCCAAAGAAGCCAACCCUGUGACAAUUUGGAUCUACUUUUUUCUUAUGAGUGGAAAUUCUACUGUGAUUGCUGCACCACUCAGUGUUUCUGCAGUAAUUUUUGCAUAUUUAUAAAUAAUUUAUGUAUCUAUUUGGAGGCGUUUUGAGGAGUAACCUGGAAAACUGAAUUUUUAAUCAUUUUCUUUUGAGUGAAUGGACUGCUGCUGCCUGUUUCUGUGAGAAACUAAUAUGUCCUAAAAUAAAGAGGGAUUUGCAUUUGGUUCCAA